AUGGCUGCUAGACCAUCGGAGCCGAUUGAAACUCGGUUGUUCAUUAACAACGAGUUCCGCGAAUCCUCAGACAAAAAGACUUUUGAGGUCGUGUACCCCUACACCAAGGAAGUCAUCGCAAAUGUCCACCAAGCCUCCAUCGACGAUGUAAACGAUGCCGUCACCGCCGCCGACGCAGCCUUCCCAGCAUGGCGCGACCUCGGCGUUGACGGACGCGCCCCAUACCUGCGCAAAAUGUCCGAGCUCUUCGCCGAGGCCAAUGACGAACUAGCCCGUCUCGAGACGCUAUGCACCGGCCGUCCCAUUUCGCAGUUCAUCGAUGCUGGAAUGUCGUCGGGGCUGUUCCGGUACUUCGCCGAUGGCGUGUGGACUGCGCAGGGCACGGCGAGCACACACACGCCCGGGUUGUUGAGCUUGACAGUGAAGGAGCCGUUUGGCGUUGCAGGGCUGAUAAUUCCGUGGAACUUCCCGCUGGUGAUGUUUACCAUGAAGAUUGCGCCAGCGCUGGCAGCGGGGAAUACAGUUGUGCUGAAGAGCAGUGAGAAGGCGCCAUUGACGUCAAUCUUCGCCGCCAAGCUCUUCCAAAAAGCCGGCUUUCCCCCAGGCGUCGUCAACAUCAUCGCCGGCUUCGGUGCCCCGACCGGCGCCGCUCUGGCUGAGCACAUGGCUGUGCGCGUCAUCAGCUUCACCGGAUCCUCGCUGACAGGCCAAAAAAUCCAAGCUGCAGCCGCAAAGUCUAACAUGAAGCACGUGCACAUGGAACUAGGCGGCAAAUCGCCAGCCGUGGUCUUCGAAGACGCCGACAUCGAGGCAGCAGCAGUGGAAACCCAGUUCAGCAUUCAAUUCAACAGCGGACAAGUCUGUGUCGCAAACAGCCGGGUGUAUGUGCAAGAAAGUGUCUACGACAAGUUCAUCGCGGUCUUUCGCGAAAAGUUCGCCGCUGUCAAGCUGGGCGAUCCCCUGGACCCGUCAACUUCGCAUGGACCGCAGAUUGACGCCGCCCAGUACAAGCGUGUGCAGGAGUAUCUGGGCGUAGGAGAGAAAGAUGGCUCGCUGACGCAGGGUGGGGAUGCGCACGACGGGUUCUUCGUAAAGCCGACCAUCUUCGAGAAGGUUCCCGAGGACUCGCGGCUGAUGCGAGAGGAGGUAUUUGGACCUGUGGUGGCGAUCAACACGUUCAAGACGGAGGAGGAGGCUGUGUGGAAGGCGAAUGAUACCGAGUUCGGACUAUAUGCCUCAGUGUUCACAAAGGAUUUGGAUCGCGCGGUGCGCAUGUCGAAGGCGCUGCAGGCGGGCACUGUGGGUGUGAACUGUACUAGCCCGACUAAUGCAAAGGAUGCUGCUUUUGGGGGUUAUAAGAUGAGUGGGAAUGGAAGGGAGGGCAUGCUGUAUAGCAUUGAGAACUUCCUUCAGACCAAGUCGAUUCUGAUCAAGUCUGGGCAGGGUUCUCAAGGGCUUUUCUGA